AGUGUAAGAUGGAGACACCCAAAGUCAGGCUGCAUAGGGCUCUGAGCACCUGAUGGAGCUGUGGGUGUCCCUGCUCACUGCAGGGGAGUUGGACCAGAUGGCCUUUAAAGGUCCCUUCCAACUCAAACAAUUCUAUGAUUCUAUCAAAUCCUGACUCACACAAUAAAGGAGCCCCUGUCCCCCCAUCCUGCUCUGACGCAGGAGGAGCUGCAGGGCUGCAACUACAUCUCCAUGGAAGACAGAUGCUCAUACCCUCUCCUGAUAAGAGCUGCAAUAAAUUCCCUGGGAGCAGCAGCUCCAGGCACUCCACUGCCAGCUCUGCACACUGGGAUGCAUCCAGGGGUUGCAGGACAUCACUGGCCCUGACAGUGGAGCCAGGGGACCAAGCCCCAGCAAUGUCCCCAGCAGCCAUCCCCACAUCCCAGAGCUGGCUGGCACAGGGCCGGGCAUCGCGGAGGCUGGCACUGGUGGUGGUGUUCGUCGCACUGCUGCUGGACAACAUGCUGCUGACCGUUGUGGUGCCUAUCAUCCCCACCUUCCUUUAUACAAUAGAAUACGAAGGUGCCAACAGCUCUGCUGCCCCGCAUCAACCUGAGUCACCUCCCUCAGCCAUCGAAGAUCCUCCUUUCUCCCCCAUGUCCUCCUAUUUUGACACCAGCACCACGAUGACCUUGGGCUCCCCCAGCACUACAGGGCUGCAGAAAGGGACCAGCGCCAGGCACCCACAGCAUCCCUCCAUGAGCUCCCCAUCACCCAACGGCUGCCCACAGGAUGAGGAAUUCCUCACUCAGGAGAACAUGCGUGUGGGGCUGCUCUUUGCCUCCAAGGCUCUCGUCCAGCUCCUGGUCAACCCCAGCGUGGGGCUGCUGACCAACAGGAUAGGAUACCACAUUCCCAUGUUCAUUGGUUUCGUCAUCAUGUUCCUCUCCACACUCAUGUUUGCAUUUUCUGGCACCUAUACGCUGCUGUUCAUCGCUCGUGCUCUACAAGGCAUUGGUUCCUCCUUCUCAUCAGUUGCAGGCUUGGGCAUGCUGGCCAGCAUCUACACAGAUGACGUUGAGAGAGGCAACGCCAUGGGCAUCGCUCUUGGAGGGUUGGCCUUGGGUGUGCUGAUUGGGGCCCCAUUUGGCAGUGUGAUGUACGAGUUUGUGGGGAAAGCCUCCCCCUUCCUGGUCCUGGCAUUCUUAGCCCUGCUGGAUGGAGGUUUGCAGCUUUGCAUUCUGCAGCCUUCCAAGGUCUCCCCUGAGAGCACCAGAGGCACACCAGUGCUCACCUUGCUGCGGGACCCCUACGUGCUGGUGGCUGCAGGAGCCCUCUGCUUCUCCAACAUGGGGGUGGCCAUGCUCGAGCCUACCUUGCCCAUCUGGAUGAUGCAAACCAUGUGCUCCCCCAAAUGGCAGCUUGGGAUGGCAUUCCUUCCGGCCAGCAUAUCUUACCUCAUUGGCACCAAUCUCUUUGGGCUCCUGGCUAACAAAAUAGGACGGUGGCUAUGCUCCCUGAUCGGCAUGGCUGUGGUGGGGAUCAGUCUGCUCUGUGUGCCCCUGGCAAAAAAUAUUUAUGGGUUGAUUGGCCCAAAUGGCGGGCUUGGCUUUGCCAUAGGAAUGGUGGACUCCUCCAUGAUGCCUAUCAUGGGUUACCUCGUGGACCUUCGCCACACCUCUGUCUAUGGCAAUGUCUAUGCCAUCGCAGAUGUUGCCUUCUGCAUGGGCUUUGCAAUUGGUCCAUCAACAGGCGGUGCGAUUGUACGAGCUAUUGGGUUUCCCUGGCUGAUGGUCAUCAUUGGAGUUACCAACAUUGCUUAUGCUCCUCUCUGCUGGUUCUUGCGAAGCCCUCCUGCUAAAGAGGAGAAGAUAGCAAUUUUAAGCCAGGAAUGCCCCAUGCAAACCAAAAGCUCCACCGCUCAGAAGCCCCUGCCGGAUUUCCCUCCCACAGACAACAGUGAUGUGGAGGCAGGAAAUGUGGAAUAGCAGCAAGGCUGCACGUCCUGCUUGAAGCUAUGUUAAGUUCAUAGAGCAAUGUGUCUCUCAGCACCCAGGAAUAACCCGAGACCUGUGGGCACAGGAUGGACAUGGGCUGUACAUUCAGCUGUUCUCCUAGCACUCAGUCUACAUCAGGGAAUGCAGUUGGAAGUUCCCUGCCCAACUCUGCCACCCCUUUGCUGGGUGACAUCCAGGGAGGUCACUCAAAAUCCAUCUCAGCUGUAAAAAACAUACAAUGUAGAGAAUGAUACCAUGCUGUCCUGGGCUGCCAGCCCACGCAAUAGGGAUAAGACCAACACCUCUCCCACACAAGCUGCAUUCAUUAAUGUCUUUUAAGUGCUUACUGCUUUUGGAAGAAAAGCACCAGAGAAAACCAAAAUGAAGUCAGCAGCUUCAGGACAUCUCUUCCUCCAGAGUUCUGCUGUAAUCCCCAGCACAAAACCUUUCUGUGCCAGCAGGAUCCAAUAAAGACAGCUCUGUCCUGUUCAUGUGCUCCAUGCUCACCUGAAGGCAGUUUUCAAAAGUUUGUUGUUGUACAGCUUCUGUGCUUUCUAUUUACGUGCUAUUCGUGGCUGCUUAUACUGCCCUUCUACCAUUAGUGAAGAACUCUUGAGAAAUUCACUUAAAUAUAAGGCUGAAAGCUUUAAACCUUCAAAACUGCUUCAGUCACUGAGUUCACUUGUGAUUACAGUGACAGAGCGUUACCACAGCCGCCUUUAGCUGAGAUGAGGUCACGGGAUGUCUGUGACCCCAACCUAUCGCAACGAGUAGCUUCAUUUAAUGUCCGUUUUGCAACAUCCCAGCCGCCAGCUGAGGGAACCACACCGCGCAGCGCUCCCUGCUGCCCUACAACACCCCCUCACGCCGCCUCCAUGAC